AUGGCAGCGUCUGAACUGUACUCCAAGGUAGGCUAAUAGGAUCAGUGGCAUGUAACGUUAAGUAGGACUGGACGAUCAUUUACUGAUAGGAGAUAACAGUUAAAUGCAGGUACGCGACUUUAUCAACAUUGGCCUCAGUUUUGCUCUCACUUGAAGAACCACAGUUAAUCUGUGUGCCCCGCGUGUAAGUAAUUGUGAUAGACUUUUAGCAACAUGUCGACAAUAACUGUGCCACAGACAGUGGUGAGUGAUGACACAGUUGUGGAAAGUUACUGUUUAAUGGUAACGUUACUUCGUGUAGCGUUCCUCAGCUACUUUGUGAGUUGCUAGUAACCUCAAUGCUUUUGUUCCUGAGAAAUGUCAAUGGUGAUUAUUGACUAAAUAAGUAAAGUUGUCAUCUCAUCCAUAGUGAUAUUACAUUGUAUCUUCGAAGAGAAUGUUCACAGAUUUUUUUUUUUUUAAUGGCAUUGAUCAUUUAGAUUAGACUAGAAUGCAGUUGUGUAGCCAGAAUAGAUUCCGACCUAUGCUUGUUUCCAUCUGCACUCGGGUCGGAUACUCUGAAUUGUCCCAUUAUCCCAACUCUUAACACCGAGAAGAUUGAACGGCUGCUAAGGACUGCUAGUUAGCGGUCGUUCAAUCUUCUCGUUGAAACGAGUGGGAUAAUAGGAUUGAGGUACAUUUCCUUAAUCGACACAGGAAGCCUGUGGUAUUUUGAAUACCAGUAGUGCAACAUUUUCGUUAUGUUGACAUUUCUAUGCGUUAACCAGUGUCCCCGUGUCCAUCUACUUCCUCUGUAUAAUUACAACACGUCAGUAUGUUGCCUAGCCAUAUCUAUGACUCAUUGCUUUUUAGUCAUAGAUGUAGCUAUAUGUGUUGUUGACACGUCCAAUGCAUUAACCUGUGUUCCUCUGUCCCUCAGUAUGCCCGGGUCUGGCUCCCAGAUGCUGUGGAGGCGUGGAAGCCAGCAGAGCUCACCAAGGACUACAAUCCUGGAGACAGGGCUCUGUGUCUACAGCUGGAGGAUGGAACAGUGAGAGGGGAGAUAGAGAUGGGUCUGGAGGGGUGGAGAGAUGGGUCUGGAGGGGUGGAGAGAUGGGUCUGGAGGGCUGGAGAGAUGGGUCUGGAGGGCUGGAGAGAUGGGUCUGGAGGGCUGGAGAGAUGGGGCUGGAGAGAUGGUUCUGGAGGGCUGGAGAGAUGGGUCUGGAGGGCUGGAGAGAUGGGUCUGGAGGGCUGGAGAGAUGGGUCUGGAGGGCUGGAGAGAUGGGUCUGGAGGGCUGGAGAGAUGGGUCUGGAGGGGUGGAGAGAUGGGUCUGGAGGGCUGGAGAGAUGGGUCUGGAGGGCUGGAGAGAUGGGUCUGGAGGGCUGGAGAGAUGGGUCUGGAGGGCUGGAGAGAUGGGGCUGGAGAGAUGGUUCUGGAGGGCUGGAGAGAUGGGUCUGGAGGGCUGGAGAGAUGGGUCUGGAGGGCUGGAGAGAUGGGUCUGGAGGGCUGGAGAGAUGGGGCUGGAGAGAUGGGUCUGGAGGGGUGGAGAGAUGGGUCUGGAGGGGUAGAGAGAUGGGUCUGGAGGGGUGGAGAGAUGGGUCUGGAGGGCUGGAGAGAUGGGUCUGGAGGGCUGGAGAGAUGGGUCUGGAGGGCUGGAGAGAUGGGUCUGGAGGGCUGGAGAGAUGGGUCUGGAGGGCUGGAGAGAUGGGUCUGGAGGGCUGGAGAGAUGGGGCUGGAGGGCUGGAGAGAUGGUUCUGGAGGGCUGGAGAGAUGGGUCUGGAGGGGUAGAGAGAUGGGUCUGGAGGGGUAGAGAGAUGGGUCUGGAGGGCUGGAGAGAUGGGUCUGGAGGGCUGGAGAGAUGGGUCUGGAGGGCUGGAGAGAUGGGUCUGGAGGGCUGGAGAGAUGGGUCUGGAGGGUGGAGAGAUGGGUCUGGAGGGGUGGAGAGAUGGGUCUGGAGGGGUGGAGAGAUGGGGCUGGAGAGAUGGGUCUGGAGGGCUGGAGAGAUGGGUCUGGAGGGUGGAGAGAUGGGUCUGGAGGGGUGGAGAGAUGGGUCUGGAGGGCUGGAGAGAUGGGUCUGGAGGGCUGGAGAGAUGGGUCUGGAGGGGUGGGGGCAAGUCCUCAGAAUGUAUCGUCCAUGUUGUAAAUAAGUUGUUUCCCUGUUUAUUUAUGUACUUGGUUAAUACAUUUACUUGAGCCGAAAACAUGUUGAUGAAGUUAGUUACCACCUUGGCUUGAGUAAGUGAAUGCUUCACCCUAUAGCUACAGCGUGUGGACACAUGUUCAUAUGUAGCCUAAACAUGUUUUAUUUUAGAUCAAGCUAGAUACAGGGACAGAAAAGUAAGAGGCCACACCGCCAUACCGAUGGUGCUUUUACUCUUAAGCGUUUUGCUGCGCACAGCAGCUGUAGGUUCAAGUUGAGGCAUGUACUUCAGGUAUGGAAAUAAGCCCAAGAUAUUAUCUGAGUGGCUGGGCAGAAGAGAGUAACCAAUGUAACUGCCUAUUUUAAAGGACGCAUGGAGGAUUCAGUACUUAACCCUCCCGUUGUCCUAGGGUCAAAAUGACCCGCCACUGUGUUGAACCAACUUUAUUAAUUUUUAUAUCUUUCUUUAAAGUCUCACUGCCUCCUUCUCACAAAUGAUCCCAAAAAUAUAAAAAUUAAAUAAAGCUGGUUCAACACAGUGGCGGGUCAUUUUGACCCUAGGACAACGGGAGGGUUAAAGCUGAAAUUCACAUAGAAAUGUGUGUUAUAGAUCUGUCAUUCUCAUUGAAAGCAGGUCUAAGAAGCGGUAGAUCUGUUCUAUGUGCUCUAUUUCUAUGCUUCCCGUUCUUACGUUUAGGUUUUUGCGUCUUUUACUGUCGGUUUUGUACACCAGCUUCAGACAGCUGAAAAUACAAUAUUUUUGGUGUAGGAAAAUAUAUAUUUUACAGUGGUUUAGAUGGUACAAUGUUUCUGUAGACUAUACUUGUUUGUUUUGUUACAUAAACUGAAAUUAGGCAAACGAUUAGAAUUUCAACACUUUCUGCGUAGUGCGCCUUUAAUUAAUUAGAAGGCAGACUGUAUACAAUUCCCACGUUGAAUAAACAACCCAUAUCAGAUGCAUUGCACCAUCCCACAUAAGCUUGCACUAAUUUCUAGUGCUUGUCCAGUGAAUAUAUAUAUAUAUAUACACGUUAUUGUUAUUAUGGGGGGUGUUGUGUUCAUCUGACUGCUGUGUUUUCUUCCAGAACGUGGAACACAAGAUCGACCCUCAGACCAACAGUUUACCUCCUCUAAGGAACCCUGAUAUCCUGGUUGGGGAGAAUGACUUGACCGCUCUCAGCUACCUCCAUGAACCAGCCGUACUGCACAACCUCAAAGUUCGCUUCGUGGAGUCCAAGAUGAUUUACACCUACUGCGGUAAAGAGACACGCACACACACACACACACACACACACACACACACACACGCACACACUCCCAAGUCCAUCUACACGUACUGUGGUACAAACUAAAGCCUUUUAACUCUGUUCUGGUGAGUCACUGUAGACUUUGGAGUCCUGUUCACAGGACUGUCAGUUCUGUUUGAGGUAAUAUAGAUAGUGCCGAUCGUAUAUAUUGAGAAGUCUGUGUCCUGUCAUUCUGACCUACCAUUCAGAAUGCGUCCUGCUGAACUCGCUCCAUAUGUCAACGGUGACAGUGGGGAGGGACAGACAGAGCUGUAGAUUUAUAGGGACAUUUCAUGUGGAAAUUAGAUCGUUGUCAUAUUGUUGUGAUUUUAUAUCUGUGUCUGGCAAAACAUUUGUUGUUAACUGCUAACAGACCUGGGUCGAAUACAUGGGCUCUUUGAAAUUCUUGUGCGUGCUUGAUUGACCAUGUCACUGAUUUGUUGAUGCGAAUUCAUUCAGGCAUCGUGUUGGUUGCUAUCAACCCCUAUGAGAGUAUUCCCAUCUAUGACCAUGACAUCAUCAAUGCAUACUCUGGACAAAACAUGGGAGAUAUGGACCCUCACAUAUUCGCUGUGGCAGAGGAGGCUUACAAACAGAUGGCCAGGUCUGUCAAUCACUCAUCUAAAUGUCUUGGCCGUGCUUCCUUCCUUCCUUCCUUCCUCCCUUGACAUGAUUGGACAGGUGAAGUUAAGGGCUCCACCACUUGGCUUUCAGCUGUCCAGUCAUGCCAGAUCAGUGAUUACUUCAAGGAAGGGUGAAAGCAAUUUCCAAGUCACUUAUCAAUCAUCCAAAUGAUCAAUUUAUCCAAAUUAUUGAAGUUUUCUUCUUCUUCUUCUUCUUCUUCUUCUUCUUCUUCUUCUUCUUCUUCUUCUUCUUCUUCUUCUUCUUCUUCUUCUUCUUCUUCUUCUUCUUCUUCUUCUUCUUCUUCUUCUUCUUCUUCUUCUUCUUCUUCUUCUUCUUCUUCUUCUUCUUCUUCUUCUUCUUCCAGAGAUCAGAGGAACCAGUCCAUCAUAGUGAGUGGGGAGUCUGGGGCUGGUAAAACAGUCUCUGCUAAGUAUGCCAUGCGGUACUUUGCUACAGUCAGCGGGUCGUCCAGUGAGGCUAAUGUGGAGGAGAGAGUGCUGGCCUCCAGCCCCAUCAUGGAGGUAAGACACCACAGGUCUUCUUUCAAUUCAAUAAACUUCAUUGAUCCUAGAGGGGAAAUUAUUGUUGGAAGUUCAAGGCAAAUGUUGUGGAAUUUGCAGAUAGAAAUGUCAUAAACAGAGCUUACAGUAUAUCUAUCUGAAAGUUCCACAAUGUUUUGCCCUGCCGAACUUGGCCCAUGUCUACUUGUAUGUCUCUAGCCAACUACCCAAAUGAUACCCGUAGCCUGUUCUUUCUGUUUUUCCUCUAGGCCAUCGGAAAUGCAAAGACGACUAGAAACGACAACAGCAGUCGAUUUGGGAAGUACAUCGAGAUUGAAUUCGACAAGAACUAUCGCAUCAUCGGGGCCAACAUGAGGACGUACCUGCUGGAGAAAUCUAGAGUGGUGUUUCAGGUGAGGCGCAAUACAUGGACAGUAUUCGGUAUGGUUGGAGUCCAGGUGGUGUUCUUUAGGGCAAACCGUUUUCGUGCCUACUCAACAUGACCCCGUUUUUUCUGAGUUUCCCCAUCUGUAAAAGGAAGUCUUCACUGUAUGUUGUGCUGCUAUAGCUGUGAUGCCCUCAUUCCUCACUCUUCCUAAUGAAUUACGGGGCUUUACGAUUUUCUAACUAACACACAUUCCUGAAGACAAAGAGGGAGUGUGGCACUUCCAGUCUGUCUUAUUUUUAAAACUCUAUUUGAUUAAACACUUUGUCGUCUUUGCAGGCUACCGAGGAGAGGAACUACCAUAUCUUCUACCAACUGUGUGCCUCCUCACACCUACCCGAGUUCAAAACCCUCCAGUUAGGUAGGAUUCUACGCUAAACAAAAAUAUAAACGCAACAUGUAAAGUGUUGGUCCCAUGUUUCAUGAGCUGAAAUAAAAUAUCCCAGAAAUAUUCCAUACGCACAAAAAAAGCUUAUUUCUCUUACAUUUUGUGCGCAAAUUUGUUUACAUCACUGUUAGUGAGCAUUUCUCCUUUGCCAAGAUAAUCCAUCCACCUGACAGGUGUGGCAUAUCAAGAAGCUGAUUAAACAGCAUGAUCAUUACACAGGUGCACCUUGUGCGGGGGACAAUAAAAGGCCACUCUAAAAUGUGCAGUUUUGUCACACAACACAAUGCCACAGAUGUCUCAAGUUUUGAGGAAUGUCCACCAGAGCUGUUGCCAGAGUAUUUCAUGUUCAUUUCUCUACCAUAAGCCACCAGAGCUUUGUUUUUAGAGAAUUUGGCAGUACAGUCAACCGGCCUCACAACCGCAGACCACGUGUAUGGCGUCGUGUGGGCGAGCGGUUUGCUGAUGUCAACGUUGUCAGCAGAGUGCCCCAUGGUGGCGGUGGGGUUAUGGUAUGGGCAUGGUAUGGGCAGGCAUAAGCUAUGGACAAUGAACAUAAUUGCAGUUUAUCGAUAGCAAUGUGAAUGCACAGAGAUAUCGUGACGAGAUCCUGAGGCCCAUUGUCGUGCCAUUCAUCCACCGCCAUCACCUCAUGUUCCCGCCAAUAUCCAGCAACUUUGCACAGCCAUUGAAGAGGAGUGGGACAACAUUCCACAGGCCACAAUCAACAGCCUGAUCAACUCUAUGCGAAGGAGAUGUGUCGCGCUGCAUGAGGCAAAUGGUGGUCACACCAGAUACUGACUGGUUUUCUGAUCCAUGCCCAUAGCUGUUUUAUAAGGUAUCUGUGACCAACAGAUGCAUAUCUGUAUUCCCAGUCGUGUGAAAUCCAUAGAUUAGGGCCUAAUUAAUUUAUUUCAAUUGACUGAUUUUCUUAUAUGUUGCGUUUUAUAUUUUUGUUCAGUAUGUAUUAUACACCAAGGCUCUCCAACCUUGUUCCUGGAGACCUGCCGUCCUGCAGGUUUUUGCUCCAACCCUGUUCCUGGAGACCUGCCGUCCUGCAGGUUUUCAUUCCAGCCCUGUUCCUGGAGACCUGCCGUCAUGCAGGUUUUUGCUCCAACCCUAAUCCUAGCACGCCUGAUUCUAAUAAUCAGCUGGUUGAUAAACUGAAUCAGAUUAGUUACAACUGGGGUUGGAGCGAAAAAACCUACAGGAGGGUAGCUCUCCAGGAACAGGGUUGGAGCGAAAAACCUACAGGAGGGUAGCUCUCCAGGAACAGGGUUGGGCAACCCUGUUACACGUAAAUACAGAUGAGUAGGCCUCUCUGAGUGAACUAAAGCUUCUCUAUAACCCUAUCACUCAUGCUUCCAUGCAGAGUCUGCAAUGCUGCUAUCAAGGCAACAGAAAAUGUAACCAAUGUGUGCUGUUAUUUCCUUACGUACGAAAGGAAUAUGUUUCCACAGAGAGUAGUUGGGUGGAAUAUCGGUAAUGAAAUGCAUCCAAAACGUAGCCUGAUCCCAGAUCUGUUUUUUUGCUAUCAUGCUAACUCAUUGCACGCUCCAUGAACAUGUUGAAUGAUUGAUUCAUAGGAAAGCUAUGGCAGGUAGAUUGACAUGAGGCCAUUGUCUGCAGGCAGCGCUGAUGACUUCCACUGUACCAACCAGGGAGGCAGCCCUGCCAUAGAGGGAGUAGACGACGCCAAAGAGAUGUGCAGCACCAGGAAGGCUUUCUCGUUGUUAGGUGAGUUAGUAUUAAUAGCGAAAUACCCCAAGCAAAUACUGUACCAGCAACUGUGGUUGUGCAGAAAUAAAAUCGCCUUGAAUCAUGAAUCUUCUUUGCUCACUGGAGAGUGUUCAGCAAUACAUUUGUCUAGCUAAAUGUACUUUAUAUUCGAGUCUAAUUCGGCACACGUUGGCCUGUAAUGCUUGUUGGCCUGGUGGAGAGACAGACUUGGUUGUAGUCACUGGAGACGGCAAUUAAAGGUUUUCUCUCUCUCUUUUUUGUUUCAGGAAUCAAUGAAACAUACCAAAUGAAACUUUUCCAAAUCCUGGCAGCUGUGCUUCACCUUGGCAAUGUGGAAGUGAAAGACAGAACUGCAGACAGCAGCACCAUCCCGGUGAGUUCAAACCAGACUCUGGCUGCGUCCCAAAUAGCACCCUAUUCCCUAUAUAGUGCACUACUUUUGACCAGAGCCCACUAAGGGUCCUGUAUAGGCAUUGGAAUAGGGUGCCAUUUUAAGAAGCUAUUGUACCGUCCCAUCUUUUACUAUUCUCGCAUAGUAGGACUGUCCUGCCACAUUUCCCUUGUCAGCAUAGAGAUAUGCAGGACAAUGCAUCCCCGAGUGUAGCCUAAGGGGCUGUUGAAAGUACAACAAUGCUGCCAAUUCUAUGUUGAUUUUGUAUGGAAUGCUGGCCCUUUGAUUUUUUUUUUUUAGACCUUUAUAUUCGGGCCGGGUUUCCCGGACACAGAUUUAAGCCUGGUCCUGAGCUAAAAAGCACACUCAAUGGAAAAUCUUAUUUGAAAGUGCUUUUUUUUUGUCCAGGACUAAGCCUAAUCUGUGUCCAGGAAACCGGCCCUUAGUCCGAAACUGAUUGGUGUUCAUGUUAUGAUUGUGGUAUUAUAUGAUCAUUAUAUUAUUAUAUGUUGUUGUGUCCUUACAGCCUGACAAUAGUCACUUGAUAGUGUUCUGUGAGCUGAUGGGCGUGGCCUACCAGGACAUGUCCCAUUGGCUGUGCCACAGGAAAUUGAAGACUGCCACGGAGACCUACGUCAAGCCCCUCCCCAAAGUGCAUGCGGUCACUGCACGGGACGCCCUGGCCAAACACAUCUACGCUAAACUCUUCAGCUGGAUCGUAGACCACAUCAACGAGGCUCUGCGCUCUGCCGUCAAACACCACUCCUUCAUUGGGGUUCUCGACAUCUAUGGGUGUGUGUGUCAGUGAUGUUUUGUGGUGUUUGCAUUGUGAAUUUACACUGAGUGUACAAAACAUUAAGGACACCUUCCUAAUAUUGAGUUGCACCCCCUUUUGCCCUAAGUCGAGGCAUGGAAUCUACAAGGUGUGGAAAGCGUUCCACAGGGAUGUUGACUCCAAUGUUUCCCACAGUUGUGUCAAGUUGGCUGGAUGUCCUUUGGUUGGUGGAACAUUCUUGAUACACACGGGAGACUGUUGAGCGUGAAAAACCCAGCAGCGUUGCAGUUCUUGACACAAACCGGUGCCCUGGCACCUACUACCAUACCCCGUUCAAAGGCACUUAAAUGUUUUGUCAUGCCAAAUUCACAAUCCAUGUCUCAGUAGUCUCGAGGCUUAAAAAUCCUUCUUUAACCUGUCUCCUCCCCUUCAUCUACAGGGAUCAUAGCUUCCACCUGGAUUCACCUGUUCAGUCUAUGUCAUGGAAAGAGCAGCUGUCCUUAAUGUUUUGUCCACUCAGUGUAUAAACGGUUUCUUGAUCUUAGUCAUGUUUCAUUUCCUGUUUUCCCCCCAGAUUUGAAACGUUUGACAUCAACAGCUUUGAGCAGUUCUGUAUUAACUAUGCCAACGAAAAGCUCCAACAGCAGUUUAACAUGGUAGGUCUCUCUCUCUCUCUCUCUCUCUCUCUCUCUCUCUCUCUCUCUCUCUCUCUCUCUCUCUCUCUCUCUCUCUCUUUGAUUGAACAAGCCUGUUCAGGUCAUCUUCAUGAGAGGCACACCAUCAAUCCCAAAUCAAAUGGUGAUAGCUUCAUCUUGCCCUGUGUUAUGCCAGGUCGCCAUAUUGCAUAAAAUGCUCAGACCUCCUCAAAUACCUAGGGUGUAGGGGCUAGGGCUUGAUUUGGGAAUCAGGCUUUUAAAUGUCAGCUGUUUCUCUGCCUCUGUCAUUUUGUCUGUUUUUUCAAAACGUUAGGUCAAAGGUCAGCUUUUGUUCUCUCUCACUGCAGCAUGUGUUCAAGCUGGAGCAGGAGGAGUACAUGAAGGAGCAGAUUCCCUGGACGCUGAUAGACUUCUAUGACAACCAUCCCUGUAUCAACCUCAUCGAGGCCAAGAUGGGUGUCCUGGACCUGCUGGACGAGGAGUGCAAAGUAACAUGAAAUAGAUACACACACACACACACACACACUAAUAAUGAUGGAGGUCCUAGAAUGGAUCCCAGUGGAAGACCAAGACGGGGGACGGGACGGGGGGACGGGACGGGGACGGGACGGGACGGACGGGGGGGGGACGGGACCGGACGGGGGGGGGGACGGGACGGGACGGGACGGGGAGUUUACUCUUAAGGCUACUCCACACAUACAGCGCCUUCAGAAAGUAUUCACACCCCUUGACUUAUUCCACAUUGUUGUUACAGCCUGAAUUCAACAUGGACUAAAAUAAAAUAAAUCUCACCCAUCUACACACAAUAUCCCAUAAUGACAAAGUGAAAACAUGUUUUUAGAAAUGUUUACUGAAAAUGAAAUACAAAAGUAAUUGACAUAAGUAUUCACACCCCUGAGUCAAUAAAUGGUAUCAGCACCUUUGGCGGCGAUUACAGCUUUGAGUCGUCAAUCAGCUUGCCCAUCUGGGUUUGGGGACUCUCCCAUUCUUCCUUGCAGAUUUUCUCAAGCUCUGUUAAGUUAGAUGGGGAGCGGUGGUGAACAGCAAUCUUCAAGCCUUUCCACAGAUUUUCAAUGGGAUUCAAUUCUGGGCCACUCAAGGACUUUCACAUUCUUGUUCUGAAGCCAUUCCAGCGUUGCUUUGGCUGUAUGUUUGGGGUCAUUGUCCUGUUGGGACGUAAAUCUUCGCCCCAGUCUAAGGUCGUUUGCACUCUGAAGCAGGUUCUCAUCAAGGAUUUACCUGUAUUUGGCUCCGUUCAUUGUUCCCUCUAUCCUUACCAGUCUCCCCUAUCCCUGCUGCUGAAAAGCAUCCCCAUGGCAUAGCAUGAUGCUGCCACCACCAUGCUUCACGCUAGGGAUGGCGUUCGAUGGGUGAUGAGCUGUGCCAGGUUCUCUCCAGACAUAGCACUCGAGUGGCUUCCGUCUGGCCAUUCUCCAAUAAAGCCCAGAUUGGUGAAGUGCUGUAGAGACUGUUGUCCUUCUGGGAGGUUCUCCCACCUCAGCCAAGGAACUCUGUAGUUCUGUCAGAGUGGUCAUUGGGUUCUUGGUCACCUCCCUGACCAAGGUCCUUCUUGCCCGGUUGUUCAGUUUGGUCGGAAGGCCAGAUCUAGUCUGGGUAGUUCUAUAUUUUUUUAAAUUUCCUAAUGAUGGAGACCACUGUGCUUUCGGAAAAUGUCAACACUCUAGAAAUUGUUUUAUACCCUUCCCCAGAUAUAUGCCUCAUCACAAUUCUCAGAGAUCUACAGAUGCUCCUUGGACUUCAUGGUAUAGUUUCUGCUCUGACAUGCGCUGUCAACUGUGGGACCUUUAUAUAGACAGAUGUGUUUAUUUCUAAAUCAUGUACAAACAAUUGAAUUGGCCACAGGUGGAUUCCAAUCAAGUUGUAGCGACAUCUCAAGGAUGAUGAAAUGAAAUUGGAUGCACCUGAGCUCAAUUUGGAGUGUCUUAGCAAAGUGGGUGUGAAUAUUUAUGUAAAUUAGAUUUCUGUUUUUCAUUUUCAAUACAUUUGCCAGAAUUUCUCAAAACAUGUUUUCACUUUCUCAUUAUGGGGUAUUGUGUGUAGAUGGGUGAGAACAAUAAAGUAUUUAAUCCAUUUUGAAUUCAGACUGUAACAAAACAAAAUGUGGAAUAAGUUGAGGGAUAUGAAUCAUUUCUGAAGGCACUGUACACACAGGCACAUAUUUAGGAUGUGAGUCAGGUUGAUGUGUUACCUUCUCUCCUCCCUUCCUCCUUUUCUCUCCUCCCUUCCUCUCCUCCCUUCCUCUCCUCCCUUCCUCUCCUCUCCUCCCUCCCUCAGAUGCCCAAAGGCUCUGAUGACACAUGGGCUCAGAAACUUUACAACACCUUCUUGAAGAAAAGUGAUCUUUUUGACAAACCUCGUCUGUCCAACAAAGCCUUUAUCAUCCUCCACUUUGCAGACAAGGUACACAAGCAUCCUGUUAAAAAAAAAAACUACUUCGUAAAUACUUUUAUUUUUACUCUAGUUGAGAUGUCAGACCUUCUAUUUAUGAAUACCUGUUUGCUGUCUGGCUGUAGGUUGUUGAGCUCAUUGAGCAAAGUGACUGACUGACUGAAAUAGCUCUCCUCAUUUGAGAAGUACUAACCAAACCACUCCUGGUCUAGACUGAGGGUCAGGUUGAUUAUCUCAUUUUAUGUUUCUUCUUAUCAUGGCUGGACCUGGGUGGAUUUCCCUACCCUCUGUUUGACCCUUUGUUCCCAGGUGGAGUAUCAGUGUGACGGGUUCCUGGAGAAGAAUAAGGAUACUGUCAAUGAGGAGCAGAUUAAUGUGCUCAAGCUAAGCAAGGUUCGUUUGUUUGUUUGUUUGUUUGAGGCCAAAGACUCCACCUUUCUCCAGUCGUCCUGUCUGUAAAUACCUUCUGUAUACCAGUGAGUCUUAUGUAGAGGACCAUCAUAGUGCCCUGAGGUUAACUAGUCUCUCUGUGUGAUGUUUGAACUUGGAGAACACACCCCAGCACAGAGCUGUAGAAACAAGUCUUAUGUUUUGGAGCGUGACAGCCCAUUUCAUGUAAUGGGAAACUGCCCCCUGGUGGUCAAUAAAUGUUCCUACCUGAAUGAUCCGUCAGGGCAUCAAUAAUAAUAAUAAUAAUAAUAAUAUGCCAUUUAGCAGACGCUUUUAUCCAAAGCGACUUACAGUCAUGUGUGCAUAAUUUAUUUUUAUUUUUUUGUGCCCUUUUCAUAUGGUCACAACACACUGGAGAAAAAAAAAAUACACAGUUGCAUAUAGCAGCCAAAGAACCAAAAGAUUGCAAGUCAAGAGAUAAAUGGUCUCAAACAACCGUUUCCUGUUCCACUGUUUGAGACGUGUUUGACUCUUCUGUCCAGUUUGAUCUGCUGUUGGAGCUGUUCAGCGAUGAGGAGAAGACUACAGGCCCCCCUGCCAGUCGCAGUAAGAUGACACGGCCUGUUCAGGCUCAGAGAGACCACAAGAAGACAGUUGGAACGCAGGUGGGACUAAAACAUAAAUCAGUCUUCUGAUGGUUUAGAUUCCGAUUUGGAAGUCAUGUUAAACACACGUUGCUGUGGUAAAACCUUCUCAAUGUAAAUCUGAUGUUUUUUUAGCAUGACUAGUACUUUACUACAUUAGAUUUGUUUUAUUUGACCCCUUGACCCCUUGACCCCCCUCCUCAGUUUCGUAACUCUCUACAUCUGCUGAUGGAGACUCUGAAUGGAACGACCCCUCACUAUGUACGCUGCAUCAAGCCCAACGACCUCAAAUCCCCAUUCACGUGAGUCUGCCUCCACGCCCCUUUAACCUAGGUAUUGUUCAUUUAGGCACCAAACAGAGAAAAAAAACCCGGCUGAAAUAGAGAGGGACUAUCUGGAGUUGUCAAAAUAAGAAAUGUUCAUUUUUGUUUUCGGUUUCAAAACGUUUAAAAAAAGUUAUGUUCCCUAAUAAAUAUGACUCAGUUAUUAUCGUUUUGUGGCACCCUGCGAAAGAGAAAGUAACAACGUUGUUUCAACAUAUUGUGACAUGGAAUCUACGUGGAAAAUACAUUGGAUUUGAGAAAAGUCAUCAACGUAAACUGUUUUUCAGGAUGAAAUUUCAACCGCGGGAUUAUGUAAUGGUAACCAAUUUUCAACAGACAAACCUUGUAUAAAAUAUGUUGAAUUUGUACCUUUUUGAAACAACGUCAGAUCUUCAACAUAAUGUCCACUAUCAGAACAAAAACAAUAGGCCGGGCAGCACCUCCUACUGGAGGGUUGAUGUAACUACAGCUGCCCUUUGGUCUCCCUUCCAGGGUUUUAACCAAGCACAGCUCUGAUAUUUGUCACUGACUACUACCAAUGUGCUAUUGUGAGAACUCUUAAUAACAAACUAAAUUCAUUGUUGCUAUCGAAGUCAUUCCAAAGGGUAGAUUUUAACAGAGCAAAUGAAAUGUAACCAUACUUUAUCAGUCAUAUAUCAUCAAUGAAACUAUUUAGGCCUAUAUAGCAUUAUGGAAGUCAUCAACAGCUAUUGUUUUAAAUUCAACCCAGGGUUAAACUAAAAAUAGACAAUACAUAUAGGCCUAGGGUUUCAAGCUUUGGUUGAUUUAUAAUUUAAUCUUCAAGUUAAUAAUUAAUAUGGUGGAUUUAAUGUCUCCAUCUUAACCAAAAAUCAAAGUUAAAGAAUAGGACUAAAUCAAACCAAAUCAAACGUUAAAUGUACUUUAAAUGAUGUUGAUUUCAUUUAGGCCUGUUCUUUAACUUGUAUUUUUGGUUGAGAUGGAGACGUGAAUCCAACAUAUCAACUAUUAAUUUGUAGACAAACUGGAAUUAAAGUCAAACUAUGUCAGAUACACAAAAUACACUGCUCAAAAAAAUAAAGGGAACACUAAAAUAACACAUCCUAGAUCUGAAUGAAUGAAAUAAUCUUAUUAAAUACUUUUUUCUUUACAUAGUUGAAUGUGCUGACAACAAAAUCACACAAAAAUUAUCAAUGGAAAUCAAAUGUAUCAACCCAUGGAGGUCUGGAUUUGGAGUCACCCUCAAAAUUAAAGUGGAAAACCACACUACAGGCUGAUCCAACUUUGAUGUAAUGUCCUUAAAACAAGUCAAAAUGAGGCUCAGUAGUGUGUGUGGCCUCCACGUGCCUGUAUGACCUCCCUACAACGCCUGGGCAUGCUCCUGAUGAGGUGGCGGAUGGUCUCCUGAGGGAUCUCCUCCCAGACCUGGACUAAAGCAUCCGCCAACUCCUGGACAGUCUGUGGUGCAAUGUGGCGUUGGUGGAUGAAGCGAGACAUGAUGUCCCAGAUGUGCUCAAUUGGAUUCAGGUCUGGGGAACGGGCUGGCCAGUCCAUAGCAUCAAUGCCUUCCUCUUGCAGGAACUGCUGACACACUCCAGCCACAUGAGGUCUAGCAUUGUCUUGCAUUAGGAGGAACCCAGGGCCAACCGCACCAGCAUAUGGUCUCACAAGGGGUCUGAGGAUCUCAUCUCGGUACCUAAUGGUAGUCAGGCUACCUCUGGCGAGCACAUGGAGGGCUGUGCGGCCCCCCCAAAGAAAUGCCACCCCACACCAUGACUGACCCACCGCCAAACCGGUCAUGCUGGAGGAUGUUGCAGGCAGCAGAACGUUCUCCACGGCGUCUCCAGACUCUGUCACGUCUGUCACAUGUGCUCAGUGUGAACCUGCUUUCAUCUGUGAAGAGCACAGGGCACCAGUGGCGAAUUUGCCAAUCUUGGUGUUCUCUGGCAAAUGCCAAAUGUCCUGCACGGUGUUGGGCUGUAAGCACAACCCCCACCUGUGGACGUCGGGCCCUCAUACCACCCUCAUGGAGUCUGUUUCUGACCGUUUGAGCAGACACAUGCACAUUUGUGGCCUGCUGGAGGUCAUUUUGCAGGGCUCUGGCAGUGCUCCUCCUGCUCCUCCUUGCACAAAGGCGGAGGUAGCAGUCCUGCUGCUGGGUUGUUGCCCUCCUACGGCCUCCUCCACGUCUCCUGAUGUACUGGCCUGUCUCCUGGUAGCGCCUCCAUGCUCUGGACACUACGCUGACAGACACGGCAAACCUUCUUGCGACAGCUCGCAUUGAUGUGCCAUCCUGGAUGAGCUGCACUACCUGAGCCACUUGUGUGGGUUGUAGUCUCCGUCUCAUGCUACCACUAGAGUGAAAGCACCGCCAGCAUUCAAAAGUGACCAAAACAUCAGCCAGGAAGCAUAGGAACUGAGAAGUGGUCUGUGGUCACCACCUGCAAAACCAGUCCUUUAUCGGGGGUGUCUUGCUAAUUGCCUAUAAUUUCCACCUGUUGUCUAUUCCAUUUGCACAACAGCGUGUGAAAUUUUUCUCAAUCAGUGUUGGUUCCUAAGUGGACAGUUUGAUUUCACAGAAGUGUGAUUGACUUGGAGUUACAUUGUGUUGUUUAAGUGUUCCCUUUAUUUUUUUGAGCAGUGUAUAUAUAUAUAUAUAUAUCCUUUAAAUGUUAAUAUUUGGUUGCGUUGACAACCAAACACAAUUCAAUAUCACUUCUGCAAUACAGUAAAUAGCCUAUUAGCUUGUCGACAAGUUAACAAAUAAAUGUUGGAUUCCAACUAAACCAAAAAUAAAAGUUGAAGAAUAGUAUUAAGCUAAGUAGCUCAGAUGAAAUUAGAUGAAUCUCUUUUUAAAUGUUGAUAUUUGGUUGCGUUGUCAACCAAACACAAUUCAAUAUUACUUUUGUAAUCCAGUAAAUAGCAAACAUGUAAGGCUAUCUUACAAAACUAAUGUAACCGUAGUUAUUCAAACUUUAAAAUGAGUAACACACCCAUGGUCAUAUUCUGAGGUUAGCCUCCUGUAACUAUAAAUGUCUUGUGUAAUCGUAGGAAGUGUGCAUGCAAAGGUCGAGGGGUCUGUGGCGAUCUUCACAAUAUAAUAAUCUGUCAGAAUCUCUAACAACAUCGAUCACUUGCACCGUGUACUUUUAAUGUAAUCUCAACUGUAAUCCAGGUCAUUUGGUUGUGCUCCAGAUGAAGCACCGCUAUAACACAUUAAUCUGAUGUAUAAAUAAAUACAAAAUAUUUGACAUUGUAUUCCCAUUUGAACAUUGUUGUGCUUAAAAGCACAGUGAUAACACAUUUAAAUGACAACUAAACCAAAAACCAGACAUUGUUUUUCCAUGGGAAUUUGGUUGUGCUUUUAAACUGAACAAAAAUAUAAACGCAACAUCAACAAUUUCAAAGAUUUUACUGAGUUACAGUUCAUAUAAGGAAAUCGGUCAAUUGAAAUAAAUUCAUUAGGCCCUAAUCUAUGGAUGUCACAUGACUGGGCAGGGGCGGAGCCAUGGGUGGGCCUGGGAGGGUAUAGGGGAGCCAGCCAAUCAGAAUGAGUUUUUCCCCACAGAAUGGUGAAGAAGCUGGAUGUGGAGGUCCUGGGCUGGCGUGGUUACAUGUGGUUGUGAGGCCGGUUGGAAGUACCGCCAAAUUCUCUAAAAUGACAUUGGAGGCGGCUUAUGGUAGAGAAAGUAACAUUGAAUUCUCUGGCAACAUCUCUGGUGGAUAUUCCUGCAGUCAGCAUGCCAAUUGCACACUCCCUCAAAACUUGAGACAUCUGUGGCAUUGUGUUGUGUGACAAAACUGCACAUUUUUAGAAUGGCUUUUUAUUGUCCCCAGCACAAGAUGCACCUGUGUACUAUCUUGGCAAAGGAGAAAUGCUCACUAACAGGGAUGUAAACAAAUUUGUUCACAACAUUUGAGAGAAAUAAGCUUUUUGUGCGUAUGGAAAAUUUCUGGGAUCUUCUAUUUCAGCUCAUAAAACAUGGGACCAAGACUUUACAUGUUGCGUUUAUAUUUUUGUUCAGUGUGUAUAUGUGUAUGUCUAUAUAUAUAUAUAUAUAUAUAUAUAUAUAUAUAUAUAUAUAUAUAUAUAUAUAUAUAUAUAUAUAUAUAUAUAUACAGUGCAUUCGGAAAGUAUUCAGACCCCUUCACUUUUUCCACAUUUUGUUACGUUACAGCCUUAUUCUAAAAUCGAUUACAUUUAGAUUCUUCCUCAUUAAUCUACACACAAUACCCCAUAAUGACAAAGCAAAAACAGGUUUUUAGAAAAUGUUGCUAAUUUAUUAAAAACACUAAACUGAAAUAUCACAUUUACAUAAGUAUUCAGACCCUUUACUCAGUACUUUGUUGAAGCACUUAAGGCAGCGAUUAGAGCCUCGAGUCUUCUUUGGUAUGACGCUACAAGCUUGGCACACGUGUAUUUGGGGGUUUCUCCCGUUUUUUAUUUGUAAUACAUUUGCUAAAAAUUCAAAAAACCUGUUUUUGCUUUGUCAUUAUGGGGUAUUGUGUGUAGAUUAAUUAGGGGGGGGGAAACAAUUUUAAUCAAUUUUAGAAUAAGGCUGAAACGUAACAAAAUGUUGAAAAAGUCAACGGGGUCUGAAUACUUUCCGAAGGCACUGUGUGUAUGUUUUCUUUGUAAUAGGAUGGACCCCAUGAGGGCGGUACAGCAGUUACGGGCUUGUGGAGUCCUGGAAACCAUCCGCAUCUCAGCAGCAGGCUUCCCAUCCAGGUACAGCAACAACAUCAUCCAGCCCUAACAUCAUCCAGCCCUAACAUCAUCCAGCCCUAACAUCAUCCAGCCCUAACAUCAUCCAGCCCUAGUCGAUCCAGCUCUAAAAGGCACUCUCACAUAACAUAUACACAAGCAUUCAACUUUCUCUAUAUACAGUGGGGCAAAAAAGUAUUUAGUCAGCCACCAAUUGUGCAAGUUCUCCCACUUAAAAAGAUGAGAGAGGCCUGUAAUUUUCAUCAUAGGUACACGUCAACUAUGACAGACAAAAUGAGGGAAAAAAAUCCAGAAAAUCACAUUGUAGGAUUUUUAUGAAUUUAUUUGCAAAUUAUGGUGGAAAAUAAGUAUUUGUUCAAUAACAAAAGUUUCUCAAUACUUUGUUAUAUACCAUUUGUUGGCAAUGACACAGGUCAAACGUUUUCUCUAAGUCUUCACAAGGUUUUCACACACUGUUGCUGGUAUUUUGGCCCAUUCCUCCAUGCAGAUCUCCUCUAGAGCAGUGAUGUUUUGGGGCUGUCGCUGGGCAACACAGACUUUCAACUCCCUCCAAAGAUUUUCUAUGGGGUUGAGAUCUGGAGACUGGCUAGGCCACUCCAGGACCUUGAAAUGCUUCUUACGAAGCCACUCCUUCGCUGCCCGGGCGGUGUGUUUGGGAUCAUUGUCAUGCUGAAAGACCCAGCCACGUUUCAUCUUCAAUGCCCUUGCUGAUGGAAGGAGGUUUUCACUCAAAAUCUCACGAUACAUGGCCCAUUCAUUCUUUCCUUUACACGGAUCAGUCGUCCUGGUCCCUUUGCAGAAAAACAGCCCCAAAGCAUGAUGCUUCCACCCCCAUGCUUCACAGUAGGUAUGGUGUUCUUUGGAUACAACUCAGCAUUCUUUGUCCUCCAAACACGACGAGUUGAGAUUUUACCAAAAAGUUCUAUUUUGGUUUCAUCUGACCAUAUGACAUUCUCCCAAUCCUCUUCUGGAUCAUCCAAAUGCACUCUAGCAAACUUCAGACGGGCCUGGACAUGUACUGGCUUAAGCAGGGGGACACGUCUGGCACUGCAGGAUUUGAGUCCCUGGCGGCGUAGUGUGUUACUGAUGGUAGGCUUUGUUACUUUGGUCCCAGCUCUCUGCAGGUCAUUCACUAGGUCCCCCGUGUGGUUCUGGGAUUUUUGUUCACCGUUCUUGUGAUCAUUUUGACCCCACGGGGUGAGAUCUUGCGUGGAGCCCCAGAUCGAGGGAGAUUAUCUGUGGUCUUGUAUGUCUUCCAUUUCCUAAUAAUUGCUCCCACAGUUGAUUUCUUCAAACCAAGCUGCUUACCUAUUGCAGAUUCAGUCUUCCCAGCCUGGUGCAGGUCUACAAUUUUGUUUCUGGUGUCCUUUGACAGCUCUUUGGUCUUGGCCAUAGUGGAGUUUGGAGUGUGACUGUUUGAGGUUGUAGACAGGUGUCUUUUAUACCGAUAACAAGUUCAAACAGGUGCCCUUAAUACAGGUAACGAGUGGAGGACAGAGGAGCCUCUUAAAGAAGAAGUUACAGGUCUGUGAGAGCCAGAAAUCUUGCUUGUUUGUAGGUGACCAAAUACUUAUUUUCCACCAUAAUUUGCAAAUAAAUUCAUAAAAAAUCCUACAAUGUGAUUUUCUGGAUUUUUUUUCCUCAAUUUGUCUGUCAUAGUUGACGUGUAUCUAUGAUGAAAAUUACAGGCCUCUCUCAUCUUUUUAAGUGGGAGAACUUGCACAAUUGGUGGCUGACUAAAUACUUUUUUCCCCCACUGUAUAUACACACACACACACACACACGCCACAAAGUGUGACCACAGCGUGUGCCCGUAACAAAAUAAUCUGGAGCAUAUGUUACUGAUCACACCACACCUGUGGACAGGUGGACCUACCAGGAGUUCUUCAACCGGUACCGGGUUCUGAUGAAACAGAAGGACGUUCUCUCAGACAGGAAGCGGACCUGCAGGAACGUCCUGGAGAAAUGGGUCCAGGUAGGAAGUGCCCGGGGUUUUUAGAGGUCAGGCCCUUAGGGUUCAGGUAGGAGGGGUUAGGUUUCAGGAAGUAGAGGUCAGGUCCUUAGGGUUCAGGUAGGAGGGGUUAGGUUUCAGGAAGUUACCUGUACGAAUGACCUGGAGAAAUAGGUCACAGUAGGGAAAGAGUGUACAAAAUACAUAAAUAGAUUUUACCAUGGUUAUUCCACACACAAACUGUCUAAUUCAUUUGCCUCCAUCCAGUAAGUAUUCAUACUGGAUACAAAGGUAGCAAAGAUAUCAAACAAACAAUGGUUAAGUCUGCUAAAAUACUCAACAACCCUCUCAUCUACAGGACCAGGACAAAUACCAGUUUGGCAAGAACAAGAUCUUCUUCAGGGCGGGUCAGGUGGCCUUUCUAGAGAAGCUGCGUUCUGAUAAACUGAAGGCGGCGUGCGUUCGCAUCCAGAAGUCCAUCAGAUGCUGGCUGGCCAGGAAGAGGUACCUCCGUAUGAGACGAGCUGCCAUCACCAUACAGAGAAACACGCGAGGCUACCAGGCCCGCUGGUGAGUGGAAAGAUUACAACCUUACCCCACGGGGUUUCCCACGGGGUUUCCCACGGGCAAGGGAAUAUUCUGGAAUGGAAUUUAAUUAUAUACGUUCCAGACAGGGAAAGCCAGGGAAUGUAAAUCAAUUUACGUACAGUAUCCGAUCAUUAUUUGGAAAUGAAAUUAUCAGGGGAAAUGUUUUUUUUUUUUUUUUCUGUAAUUUUCCACGGUGCUUUACCCACUGUGUGUGGGUUUCCAUUAGUUCCCACAACCACAUAGUCAAAAUUGGCUAUGUCGUAAAAAUUAAUGAAAACAAACAUUUAGGGUUAGGCAUAAGGUUAGCAGUGUGGUUAGGGUUAGGGUUAGGGUUAGGCAUAAGGUUAGCAGUGUGGUUAGGGUUAGGGUUAGGGUUAGGCAUAAGGUUAGCAGUGUGGUUAGGGUUGUAGAAAUAGGCAGGUGCAUGACUGUGACGACCCUUUAUGUGUGUCAUGAACAUUCUUACCUGUAGACCUGAACAGUCAUGGAAUUAGUAAUGUCUAAAGAGUGGGAACCCUGAUCAUUAAUAGAAACAGGCGUCUGACGUUAUCUCUGAUUCUCCCCUCUCCUCUCCUCUCCUCUCCUCUCCUCUCCUCUCCUCUCCUCUCCUCUCCUCUCCCCUCUCCUCUCAGCCUGGUAGCGUUCCUGAGGAGGACCAGAGCAGCAGUUAUCAUCCAGAAGAACCAGCGAAUGUUAGUGUCCAGGAGAUGCUACCUGCAGCAGAGGUCUGCAGCCAUCGCCAUGCAGCGUCUGCUACGAGCCUACCAGGCCAGACAGACCUACCACAAGGUCCUUUAUAGCAUUGAUACGCCAUCCAACACACACCUGACCUGCUCCAAACUCUCAUUCACAUACAGUAUAAGUGACGGUACUUCAUUUGUCCGACUCGAUCAGAUGUAAAUCCACUCUUAAGACAUUGCCACACAACUCGUAACUCCAAACUACAAUUUCCAUAAACAGUUCUCUACACUAGUCAGGGGUCGUGUUCAUUAGGGCACACCAUAUCAAAACAUUUUACGACGGAAAGCGGGGGAAAAUGUUUCUUAUUGGUUCAGAUGGUACCUCCCUGUUUCAGACAGUUUUCUUGUGUUUCGAACCCACUGAAACACGACUCGGGUCUGCGACAUUGAUUGCAUUUAUAUAGCCCUUUUCCAGGUGCUUUACAUAGUAAGGGGGGGAAACUCCCCUCAUCCACCAUUCUCUGCUUCCCCCAGCUGCUGUACGAACACAAGGUUAUCACCAUCCAGAGGUGGGUGAGAGGCUGGCUGGCCAGGCGGAGGUGCAGACGCUCCCUGAGGGCCGUGGUCUACCUCCAGAGCUGUGUGAGACGCAUGGCGGCCAGGAGGGAGCUGAGGAAGCUAAGGGUGGAGGCCCGCUCCGUGGAACACUUCAAGAAGCUCAGUGUGGGCAUGGAGAACAAGAUCAUGCAAUUGCAGAGGAAGGUGGACGAACAGGUGAGAAAGGGCACUUCCUGUAUGGACAUAGUCACUUCCUGUAUGGACAUAGUCACUUCCUGUAUGGACAUAGUCACUUCCUGUAUGGACAUAGUCACUUCCUGUAUGGACAUAGUCACUUCCUGUAUGGACAUAGUCACUUCCUGUAUGGACAUAGUCACUUCCUGUAUGGACAUAGUCACUUCCACCUAUGUGGAUAGCUACAAAUAGGAGUACCACUACAACUGAACGAACAAGUGAGACCAGGCGGUCAAGUUUAUUUUGUGUGAUGAAUAUUUUGGAAAUCUUACUCUCUCGAGCAUGGACACGCACCACUGUCUUCUUAGCUAGAAACAAUACUACAACUUUGUUGGAAGUGUUUUGUCAGUAAAUGUAAAUAUCCUUAGAAAUAACUGUUUACUUCAGUAUUGACCCCAGUUGAAAACAGGACAUUGUUAGAUGAGGUAAUGCUGGUUGUAUGUCACGUGUAAACCCUGAGUGUAUCCCCUCCCUUCCCUCCUGCAGAACAAGGAGAACCGAGAGCUCAGUGAGAGGUUGAGGACCGUGGAGCGGUCCCGGGCAGCGGAGAGCGAGAGGCUGGGGAGAGAGGUGGAGCGACUGAGCGUGGCAGAGGAGGAGAGCAGGUUUAAAGCAGACGGGGUCCCCUCCCUCCUGGAACAGCUGUCAUUCCUCCACCAGGAGCUGGAGACCACCAGGGGAGAGAAGAAGGCCAUAGAGGAGGGGGCUAGAACAUACAGGGAGGACACUGAGAAGGUACUGCAACUUAACUGCUGCGUUCACCUACUAACUUAGACGGAGAAGGUAGAGUUAAUAUGGUCGUUUAGCAAGAUAUUUUUCUCCAAAGCGACUUAGAAAACUGUCAACAAUGACAGUGACACGUUAUAUUUAGAAUCGAACUUACAAGCACCACGCUCUGCUGAGCCAUUGAGACGAGUGUCCACUGACGCGUUUCCCUCUUCCUGCCACUAGGUGGUGUCAGAGUUGAAUGAGAACAACAGCUUGUUGAUGACAGCGAACGGUGAUCUGAAUCAGCUGAUCCAGGAACAGAGCCAGCAGAUAGCAGGUACAGUACAGGGUCAUGUUCAUGAUGGCACACCGUAGCAAAACGUUUUGCAACGGAAAGCGUUAAACAAGCGUUUUCUUAUUGGACAAGUCCCCUCCCCCUUUUUCUGUCUGUUGUCUUCCGUGUGUUGCCCAGUGACCACUUCCCUGUUCCCCUGUCCAGAGACCCAGGCCCAUGCUAAAGACCGUAAGCAGCUGGAGAGGGAUCUCAGCGAGGAGCGUGACCGCUACCAGAGUCUACUGAGUGAAUACAGACAGCUAGAGGAGAGACAUGCUGACCUGAAAGAAGAGAUGAAUCUCAGCGUGGUAACAUGACUUAUGGAGCGUUGUGGACCUUGAAGAAAUAUACUUUAUUAAUGCAGGGUGUUUGAAUGCUGUUAUGCAUCUCACACUGACGUUCAAAGCAAUUUAUCCUAUGCUAACCAACGUAUGUUUAGAUAGGGAUUUUGACUGCCAAACCAAAAUGGUUUGGUUUGGAAGUCAAGUGACACUGCCGCUUUCCUAGCUUGCUAGCCUGGAUUUCAGUGGCUACACCGCUGCAUGCAUGAGGUCUAUAUGAAAAUAACUUAUUGGUUUGGUUCUGUUUGGGUCAGCUUAGCUACCUAGCUAACCUUUUUUAUGCCAUGCUGUCUAACCAGAUCACCAGUAAACCAGGCCACAGGAGAACAGACUCCAACUACAGCAGCAAUGAGUCCGAGGGAACUCCCAGCUCUGGGUUUGCAGAGUCCGAGGGAAGAAACAGCUCAGUGGAAACUCCCAGCUCAACACGCAGCUCCUCAGGGUUCACAGAGUCCGAGACGAGAUCUCUACGAGGAGAGGUGAGGAGCUCAAAUAUGAACAUAUGGAAUGUAAAAACCUCAUCUUUUGAGGUUUACGUGGAUGCUCACCAUCCAUAGCCCCAUAGCUUCCACAACAUCCGAGUGAUGAACGAGGCUUAGGUGGUUCUAGACUUCCAUAGCCCCACACGGGAUGCUUUGCUCUCCCAUAGAAUUAGCCAAAUCUUAUUUUGGAUCAUCCAAAAUAAAUGUUUUUCUUGUGUUGUUGUUCAGGAUGCGGUGGACAUGUCAGUCCUGUUGAAGCUGCAGAGGAGAGUCACUGAGCUGGAGCAGGACAGACAGACACUGCAGAGACACCUGGAUAAGAGAGAGGAGACGCAGCAAGUCCAGGCCAAAAAUGCAGAGGCGCAAAGGACUGCAGGGAGAGCUGAGCUGGACCUGGAGGCUCUGAAAGUGAUGACAGUUCAUAUAUUAUUACUGCACAAUGACAUUUUACCAUGUCAUUUCUUAGUUGAUAUCUGGUGACUUCUGUAUAGGUGGGAGCUGUUCUGAAAGUGGGAGCGAGCGAGAGGAAAGCGGAGAGAAGUAGAGCGCGAGAUCGGAGAGAGAGAGAGAAGAGCGAAAAAUAUCGAUAUAGAAUAGAGAGACAGAUAGAGAAUAAAGAGAAGAUAAUGGGGGAUAUAUAUUAGAAAGAUCGAAGGAGAGAGAAGAGAAGACGUAAAAGAGAGAGAGAGAGAAAGGAGAGAAAUAAUCUAAAAGAGGAUAGAGAGAUAUGGGAGAGAGACGAUAAGAAUAGAAGGAGAGAGAGCAAAGAAGACAUAUAUCGACUAACUAGAAAAUAGUGAAUAUCUAUCGCUAUCGACUAUUAUACUAUAGGGUAUAGUAUAGAAAAAGAUAGCAAAUCUCGAUAUAUCUAGAACGGUAGACCAUCUAGGAAGCCUACAUUCAAGAAUCUCUAUAGCAUCUAUCUCGAUCUAAGCAAUCAUAUCUCGUAAAUAUCUAGCCUUAUUUAGACGAUGGAGAAGAGAGAGAGAUAGCAAGACUAAGAAAUAUAGAAAAGAGAAGAGAAGAGGAAAGAUAGAGAACAGGGAGGGGAUAAGAAGAAAGCUCGAGAUAAGGAUAGAAGAGAGAAGAGCAGAAAGAGUAGAGAGAGAGAGAGAAAGGAGAGAGGAGAGGAAGAGACGCAAGAAAAAGAAGGGACCAUACGAGAGAGAUAGAGAGAGGAGAGAAGGCACAAGAAAGCAAAUAGAGAGCGCGAGAGAUGAGAUAGAGCUCAGAUAGCAAUCGCUAUACUCUUCUCCUACUAGCUCCUCUCUAGUCUCUCUCUCUCUUCUCCUCUCUCUCUCUCUCUCUCUCUCUGUCACUCUCUCUGUCUCUCUUUCUCUCUCCCCUCAAGCGCCAGGAGCUGGAGUCAGAGAACAAGAAGCUGAAGACAGACCUGACUGAGCUGCGUCAGUCUCUAGCUACGGUCUCCAACGCUAGCACUGGAGCGAGCCCCGGGGCUAAGACCACCACCAGCCCCGGGGCUAAGACCACCACCAACCCCAGGGCUAAGACCACCACCGGCAGCCCCGGGCCGGGCUCCGCUCCCUACAACGUGCUCCUGGAGCAGCUCAACUCCUCCAACGAGGAGCUGGAGGUCAGGAAGGAGGAGGUGCUGCUCCUCCGCUCGCACAUGGUCCGCCAGGAGGCGCUCAAACACAACAAGGUAGGAGGAGAGGAGGACGUAGUCCCAAAGGGUACCCUAUUCCCUAUGUAGUGCACUGGUCCCUGGUCAAAAGUAGUGCACAACGCAGGGAAGAGGGUUUUAUAGGGCUCUGGUCUAAAGUAGUGCACUAUAUAGGGAAUAGGGUGCCAUUCUCUGGUCUAAAGUAGUGCGCUAUAUAGGGAAUAGGGUGCCAUUCUCAGGUCUAAAGUAGUGCGCUAUAUAGGGAAUAGGGUGCCAUUCUCUGGUCUAAAGUAGUGCGCUAUAUAGGGAAUAGGGUGCCAUUCUCAGGUCUAAAGUAGUGCGCUAUAUAGGGAAUAGGGUGCCAUUCUCAGGUCUAAAGUAGUGCGCUAUAUAGGGAAUAGGGUGCCAUUCUCUGGUCUAAAGUAGUGCACUAUAUAGGGAAUAGGGUGCCAUUUGGGAUGCAUCCCUACUAUCAGCGAGUUUGAGGGGAUCCAGUUUGAGACUGCCACACAGAAUCGCUAAUGUUGAUCACGUAAUGAGUAGUUAUUUGGGAUGGGAGGGGAUGUGUAGAUCAGUGAUUCUGCGCUGUCCGACUGCAAAUUAACUAACAUUCUGAUUUACAAAUAAGUAGCACUGUUUUGAACGUGUUUUUCUCUACACUGGCAGUACUGACACCCUUUCCUUUUGGUAGGAAGCUUAUGGAGAGAUGCAUAAGAUGAUUCAUCUUGGUGAAACUCCACCCAAAGAGACUGAUGGGUAAACACUCACCUCACACUCACCUUCAACUCACCCCACCCCUUCUGGAUUCCUUUACAUUGAUUUUACAUUUACAUGUACGUCAUUUAGCAGACGCUCUUAUCCAGAGCGACUUACAAAUUGGUGCAUUCACCUUAUAGCCAGUGGGAAAACCACUUUACAAUAUAUAUAUUUUUUUCUUUCUUUGGGGUGGGGUAAGGCGGGGUAGAAGGAUUACUUUAUCCUAUCCCAGGUAUUCCUUAAAGAGGUGGGGUUUCAAGUGUCUCCGGAAGGUGGUGAGUGACUCCGCUGUCCUGGCGUUGUGAGGGAGCUUGUUCCACCAUUGGGGUGCCAGAGCAGCGAACAGUUUUGACUGGGCUGAGCGGGAACUGUGCUUCCGCAGAGGUAGGGGGGCCAGCAGGCCAGAGGUGGAUGAACGCAAUGCCCUCGUUUGGGUGUAGGGACUGAUCAGAGCCUGAAGGUACGGAGGUGCCGUUCCCCUCACAGCUCCGUAGGCAAGCACCAUGGUCUUGUAGCAGAUGCGAGCUUCAACUGGAAGCCAGUGGAGUGUGCAGAGGAGUGGGGUGACGUGAGAGAACUUGGGAAGGUUGAACACCAGACGGGCUGCGGCAUUCUGGAUGAGUUGUAGGGGUUUAAUGGCACAGGCAGGGAGCCCAGCCAACAGCGAGUUGCAGUAAUCCAGACGGGAGAUGACAAGUGCCUGGAUUAGGACCUGUGCCGCUUCCUGUGUAAGGCAGGGUCGUACUCUCCGAAUGUUGUAGAGCAUGAACCUACAGGAUCGGGUCACCGCCUUGAUGUUAGCGGAGAACGACAGGGUGUUGUCCAGGGUCACGCCAAGGCUCUUUGCACUCUGGGAGGAGGACACAACGGAGUUGUCAACCGUGAUGGCGAGAUCAUGGAACGGGCAGUCCUUCCCUGGGAGGAAGAGCAGCUCCGUCUUGCCGAGGUUCAGCUUGAGGUGGUGAUCCGUCAUCCACACUGAUAUGUCUGCCAGACAUGCAGAGAUGCGAUUCGCCACCUGGUUAUCAGAGCGGGGAAAGGAGAAGAUUAGUUGUGUGUCGUCUGCGUAGCAAUGAUAGGAGAGGCCAUGUGAGGAUAUGACAGAGCCAAGUGACUUGGUGUAUAGCGAGAGUAGGAGAGGGCCUAGAACUGAGCCCUGGGGGACACCAGUGGUGAGAGCACGUGGUGCGGAGACAGAUUCUCGCCACGCCACUUGGUAGGAGCGACCUGUCAGGUAGGACGCAAUCCAAUAGUGAGCCGCGCCGGAGAUGCCCAGCUCGGAGAGGGUGGAGAGGAGGAUCUGAUGGUUCACAGUAUCAAAGGCAGCAGACAGGUCUAGAAGGACAUGAGCAGAGGAGAGAGAGUUAGCUUUAGCAGUGUGGAGAGCCUCUGUGACACAGAGAAGAGCAGUCUCAGUUGAAUGACCAGUCUUGAAACCUGACUGGUUUGGAUCAAGAAGGUCAUUCUGAGAGAGAUAGCAAGAGAGUUGGCUAAAGACGGCAUGCUCAAGAGUUUUGGAGAGAAAAGAAAGAAGGGAUACUGGUCUGUAGUUGUUGACAUCGGAGGGAUCGAGUGUAGGUUUUUUGAGAUGGGGUGCAACUCUUGCUCUCUUGAAGACGGAAGGGACAUAGCCAGCGGUCAAGGAUGAGUUGAUGAGCGAGGUGAGGUAAGGGAGAAGGUCACCGGAGAUGGUCUGGAGAAGAGAGGAGGGGAUAGGGUCAAGCGGGCAGGUUGUUGGGCGGCCGGCCGUCACAAGUCGCAAGAUUUCAUCUGUAGAGAGAGGGGAGAAAGAAGUCAAAGCAUAGGGUAGGGCAGUGUGAGCAGGACCAGCAGUGUCAUUUGACUUAACAAACGAGGAUCGGAUGUCGUCAACCUUCUUUUCAAAAUGGUUGAUGAAGUCAUCCACAGAGAGGGAGGAGGUGGGGAGGAGGAGUAGGAUUCAGCAGGGAGGAGAAGGUGGCAAAGAGCUUCCUAGGGUUAGAGGCAGAUGCUUGGAAUUUAGAGUGGUUGAUUGACUGCUUACAUUGGUUUACCUUGUUUUAAGUUAGUUUACUUGAUAUUGGUUUACUGUUUCCUCUGUGUUUGUCAGAUCCACUCCUGACUACCACAAGUUGAACGAGGAUGGAGAGCUGUGGCUGGCUUAUGAAGGGUUAAAGGAGACCAACAGGUGAGCUGAGGGAUAGCAAGAGGAAUGUGUUCAAGGUUUUCAAGGCAAUGCAAAGGAACUAGAUGAGAAAAAACUCUGAUGAAGAAUAUGUCUCUCUCUCUAUCACUCUCUGUCUCUCUCUGUCUCCCUCUCUCUCGGUCUCUGUCUCUCUCCUUGUCUCUCUGUCUCUGUCUCUCUCGCUCUCUCUCCUUGUCUCUCUGUUGCUCUUUCUCUCUCUCUCUAUAUAUAUAUAUGUCUCUUUAUCUCUCUGUCUGUUUCUCUCUCUCUCUCUCUCUCUCUCUAUCUCUCUCAAUUCAAUUCAAUUUCAAUUUAAGGGCUUUAUUGACAUGGGAAACGUAUGUUAACGUUGCCAAAGCAAGUGAAGUAGAUAGUAAACAAAAGUGAAAUAAACAAUAAAUAUUAACAGUAAACAUUACACUCAGAAGUUCCAAAAGAAUAAAGACAUUUCAAAUGUCAUAUUAUGUCUAUAUACAGUGUUGUAACAAUGUGCCAAUAGUUAAAGUUCAAAAGGGAAAAUAAAUAAACAUAAAUAUGGGUUGUAUUUACAAUGGUGUUUGUUGUUCACUGGUUGCCCUUUUCUUGUGGCAACAGGUCACAAAUAUUGCUGCUGUGAUGGUACACUGUGGUAUUUCACCCAGUAGACAUGGGAAUUUAUCAAAAUUGAGUUUGUUUUUGAAUUCUUUGUGGGUCUGUGUAAUCUGAGGGAAAUAUGUGUCUCUAAUAUGGUCAUACAUUUGGCAGGAGGUUAGGAAGUGCAGCUCAGUUUCCACUUCAUUUUGUGGGCAGUGUGCACAUAGCCUGUCUUCUCUUGAGAGCCAGGUCUGCCUACGGUGGCCUUUCUCAAUAGCAAGGCUAUGCUCACUGAGUCUGUACAUAGUCAAAGCUUUCCUUAAUUUUGGGUCAGUCACAGUGGUCAGGUAUUCUGCCACUGUGUACACUCUGUUUAGGGCCAAAUAUCAUUCUAGUUUGCUCAGUUUUUUUGUUAAUUCUUUCCAAUGUGUCAAGUAAUUCUCUUUUUGUUUUCUGAUGAUUUUGGUUGGGUCUAAUUGUGUUGCUGUUGUUGUCCUCUCUCUCUCUCUCUCUCUCUCUCUCUCUCUCUGUCUCUUUGUCUCUCUCUCUGUCUCUCUCUCUGUCUCUCUCUCUCUCUCUCUCUCUGUCUCUCUCUCUGUCUCUGUCUCUGUCUGUUGCUCUCACUCUCCUACACCCAUUAUUAUGUUUCUCCUCCCAGACUCUUGGUGUCUCAGCUGCAGGUGCAGGACAGGAGGCAUGAGGAGGAGAUGGAGGAGCUGAGAGAGGAGGUGCUCAGGGUGAGGGAGGAGAACAGGCAGCAGCAACAGUUCCUCUCCCAGAGCCUUCUGCUCCCCCAGGAGGCCCGCCUCGAGGCCAGCAUGCACCACGAGAUCACACGCCUUACCAGCGACAACCUGGUAGGUACCAGCCAGGGCUGUGUUCAGCAGGGCACAACAUUGUGGAACGUUCAGAUGUAAAUAUGUUCUGUAGGACUCUCUGACACGUUAAUAAGGAAUAAGGUCAGGUCUAUUGAGGACUUCCAUCUUCCAGGACCUGAUGGAGCAGCAGGGGAAGCAGGACAAGAUGAUCCGCAAACUCAAAAAACAGCUCAAAGUCUACGCCAAGAGGGUGGAAGAAUACGAAGGUACACACACACAGACACACACACACACAAACACAAACACACACACACAUACAGACACAGUUUAAUGCGUUUGGCAGAUCAUUAAUAUAAUCUAUAAAUAAUAGAGAUCCAAGAAUCGAUCCCUGUGGAACAUUAUGAUCUCCAGAGUUUACUUCUUUGAAGUUUUACUGCAUGUGUCCAUUAGUUGAUUAUCACGUAUAAUAUACUGAUUCAUUUCUACAAUAUUAAAAGUUAUUAUGUUUUUUUUUUCAAAACUGUAUUGGACGUCACCGGUACUUCUCUCUCUCCUGGUCGUUGGUCUCAGUAGAAAGCGGUCAGAUGGAGAAGGUGACUCCAGGUCCAGGGCCUUGCUCUCCUGGUCGUAUCACCCGGAAGGAGAGGGACUUCCAAGGCAUGCUGGAGUACCGGAGAGGGGAUGAGAGCAAACUGCUGAAGAGUCUGGUUGUGGGUAGGUACUGCAUGUUUCCCUGUCAUUUUGCAGCAAAUACCUCUUUUUACAUAUUUACCUAUUGGGUUGUGUUUGGUACACCGAUAGUGGAAAAAGUAAAUAUUCGUAACAUGUAAAAGGCAUAAAUUGAUUGAUUUGAUAUAUCUGUCUUUGUCGGAGCUGAAGCCUCGAGGUGUGGCUGUUAACCGUGCUGUGUUAAGGCGGCAGGUGAAAAAUCUGUCAAUGUGCCCUUGAGCAAGGCACUUAACCCUAAUUGCUCAUGUAAGUCUCUCUGGAUAAGAGCGUCUGCUAAAUGACUAAUAUGUUUGUUUUUUAAUUAUGUUGACUUUGUUACAUUUACAUUUACAUUUUAGUCAUUUAGCAGACGCUCUUAUCCAGAGCGACUUACAGGAGCAAUUAGGGUUAAGUGCCUUGCUCAAGGGCACAUUUACGUCAUUUAGCAGACGCUCUUAUCCAGAGCGACUCACAAAUUGGUGCGUUCACCCUAUAGCCAGUGGGAUAACCACUUUACAAAUUUUUUUUGGGGGGGGGGGUGUAGAAGGAUUACUUUAUCCUAUCCCAGGUAUUCCUUAAAGAGGUGGGGUUUCAAAUGUCUCCGGAAGGUGGUGAGUGACUCCGCUGUCCUGGCGUCGUGAGGGAGCUUGUUCCACCAUUGGGGUGCCAGAGCAGCGAACAGUUUUGACUGGGCUGAGCGGGGAACUAUGCUUCCGCAGAGGAAGGGGAGCCAGCAGGCCAGAGGUGGAUGAACGCAAUGCCCUCGUUUGGGUGUAGGGACUGAUCAGAGCCCGAAGGUACGGAGGUGCCGUUCCCCUCACUGCUCCAUAGGCAAGCACCAUGGUCUUGUAGCGGAUGCGAGCUUCAACUGGAAGCCAGUGGAGUGUGCGGAGGAGGGGGGUGACGUGAGAGAACUUGGGAAGGUUGAACACCAGACGGGCUGCGGCAUUCUGGAUGAGUUGUAGGGGUUUAAUGGCACAGGCAGGGAGGCCAGCCAACAGCGAGUUGCAGUAGUCCAGACGGGAGAUGACAAGUGCCUGGAUUAGGACCUGUGCCGCUUCCUGUGUAAGGCAGGGUCGUACUCUCCGAAUGUUGUAGAGCAUUGUUGUGAUAACUGUGUUGUGACUGUGUUAAUCCUCAGAGCUGAAGCCUCGCGGUGUGGCGGUUAACUUCCUCCCUGGUCUGCCGGCCUACAUCCUGUUUAUGUGUCUGAGACAUGCUGACUACUCUAAUGAUGACCAGAGAGUCAGUAUCCUGCUCAACUCUACCAUCAACAGCAUCAAGGGAGUCCUCAAGGUACAGCGUUAGCAUCAAGGGAGUCCUCAAGGUACAGCGUUAGCAUCAAGGGAGUCCUCAAGGUACAGCGUUAGCAUCAAGGGAGUCCUCAAGGUACAGCGUUAGCAUCAAGGGAGUCCUCAAGGUACAGCGUUAUCAUCAAGGGGGUCCUCAAGGUAAAGCGUUAGCAUCAAGGGAGUCCUCAAGGUAAAGCGUUAGCAUCAAGGGAGUCCUCAAGGUAAAGCGUCAAGGGAGUCCUCAAGGUACAGCGUUAGCAUCAAGGGAGUCCUCAAGGUACAGCGUUAGCAUCAAGGGAGUCCUCAAGGUAAAGCAUCAUGGGAGUCCUCAAGGUAAAGCGUUAGCGUCAAGGGGGUCCUCAAGGUAAAGCAUCAUGGGAGUCCUCAAGGUAAAGCGUUAGCAUCAAGGGAGUCCUCAAGGUAAAGCGUUAGCAUCAAGGGGGUCCUCAAGGUAAAGCGUUAGCAUCAAGGGAGUCCUCAAGGUAAAGCGUUAGCAUCAAGGGAGUCCUCAAGGUACAGCGUUAGCAUCAAGGGGGUCCUCAAGGUAAAGCAUCAUGGGAGUCCUCAAGGUAAAGCGUUAGCGUCAAGGGAGUCCUCAAGGUACAGCGUUAGCAUCAAGGGGGUCCUCAAGGUAAAGCGUUAGCAUCAAGGGAGUCCUCAAGGUACAGCGUUAGCAUCAAGGGAGUCCUCAAGGUAAAGCAUCAAGGGAGUCCUCAAGGUACAGCGUUAGCAUCAAGGGAGUCCUCAAGGUACAGGGUUAGCAUCAAGGGAGUCCUCAAGGUAAAGCAUCAAGGGAGUCCUCAAGGUAAAGCGUCAAGGGAGUCCUCAAGGUAAAGCGUUAGCAUCAAGGGAGUCCUCAAGGUAAAGCAUCAAGGGAGUCCUCAAGGUACAGCGUUAGCAUCAAGGGAGUCCUCAAGGUAAAGUGUUAGCAUCAAGGGGGUCCUCAAGGUAAAGCGUUAGCAUCAAGGGAGUCCUCAAGGUAAAGCGUUAGCAUCAAGGGAGUCCUCAAGGUAAAGCGUUAGCAUCAAGGGAGUCCUCAAGGUAAAGCGUUAGCAUCAAGGGAGUCCUCAAGGUACAGCGUUAGCAUCAAGGGGGUCCUCAAGGUACAGCGUUAGCAUCAAGGGGGUCCUCAAGGUAAAGCGUUAGCAUCAAGGGAGUCCUCAAGGUACAGCGUUAGCAUCAAGGGAGUCCUCAAGGUAAAGCGUUGCCUUGUUUUAGUAUACUGUAGGUCUCUCUGUGCUUUAUCAGUUUGUAGAUUUGUAUUUUGAUAGGCCUAUACUAUUGUAUGCUAAUGGGUUUCAGUUUGUGUUGACUGCUAAUGAGGGCGGCGGGUAGCCUAGCGGUUAGAGGGUUGGGCAAGUAACAAAAAGGUCGCUGGUUCGAAUACCCGAGCCGUCAAGUUGGAAAUCUGUCCAUGUGCCCUUGAGCAAGGCACUUAACCCUAAUUUGCUCCAGGGGCGCCGUGCUACUAUGGCUGACCCCUGUAAAAACAACACAUUUCACUGCACCUAUCCAGUGUAUGUGACAAUAAAACAUCUCAUUAAAUGUGAGCUUGAACAUGACAUCACAUACUGAGGAUGCCAAGUCAAGUUCAGUUGACCCAUUGUAAAGUCCCGCCCUUCCUCUUUUUUCUUCUUCUUUUUUUUCCAGAGGCGAGGAGAUGACUUUGAGACUGUGUCUUUCUGGCUGGCCAACACCUGUCGGUUCCUACAAUGCCUAAAGCAAUACAGUGGAGAGGAGGUAUGUUGGAGAGGAUUAGUCUCUCACCACAGUUUUUUGCUCAACUGAUUUGAACACUUUUAGUCCACAGCUACCAAGCACAUGUAAAUGACAUCACAACUGUUUGCUUAGCGAGUACCGCUUCCUCCUGAGUCGGCUCCAACCCAGAACCUCUCCCACCCCCCCCCGAAGCAUCUUAUCCAGUUGCGCCACUGAAAACCUAGCUAUUCCGUAGCGCAAAUGGAGACACUUCAAGACUGUGGAAUGAGUUUCACAGAUGCCCAUCUGCUACACACACAAGAUUUAGUGGCAGGUUCUGUGAUUCGGAUGGAAACACUAACCCCUGUGUUAACUGCUUUACAAACCCUAACAGCGGUUUGACCUCUGUUCAUAACCAUCUCCUCUCUAUAGGCAUUUGUGAAGAACAACACCCCGCAGCAGAAUGAGCACUGCCUGUGUAACUUUGACCUGUCAGAGUACCGUCAGGUCCUCAGUGACCUGGCCAUCCAGAACUACCAGCAACUGGUCAGAUGCAUGGAGGAGACCCUGCAGCCUAUGAUAGGUGAUAUUUAGCAGACGCUCUUAUGCAGAGCCACGUACAAUCAGUGUAUUCAACUAAAGGAAGGAAAUUAACCACAUACUAUGAUCGGAGUAUGAUGAUCAUGAUAAUUGCAAGUAAAACCUUCAAAUUAGCAAUGCUAGUAAGAAUUAGCAACGCUAGUAAGAAUUAGCAACGCUAGUAAGAAUUAGCAACGCUAGUAAGAAUUAGCAACGCUAGUAAGAAUUAGCAACGCUAGUAAGAAUUAGCAAUGCUAGUAAGAAUUAGCAAUGCUAGUAAGAAUUAGCAAUGCUAGUAAGAAUUAGCAAUGCUAGUAAGAAUGAACAAUUCUAGUAAGAAUUAGCAAUGCUAGUAAGAAUGAACAAUUCUAGUAAGAAUGAACAAUGCUAGUAAGAAUUAGCAAUGCUAGUAAGAAUUAGCAAUGCUAGUAAGAAUUAGCAACGCUAGUAAGAAUUAGCAAUGCUAGUAAGAGUUAGCAAUGCUAGUAAGAGUAAAGGCAAAACAAGUACGGUAGUGACGCUUUCAACCCCCAUGCUUCUGAAAUAACCAUGCAAGGAAGAGUAGCACUACUCACACAGUCCAAAUGAGAAACAACAACAAAACAACUUAACAAACAAGUGACAUUUUAUUGUACCAACAAUAUCACAGUUCCAGGUAUGCUGGAGCAUGAGAACUUCCAGGGUGUCCUGGGGUCCAAACCCACGGGCCUACGAAAGAGGACGUCCAGUUUCCCGGGAGAGGCUGUUUACACGGUGGACAGCAUCCUACAGCAACUCAGUCUCUUCCACGCCACCCUGUCUCAGCAUGACGUUGACCCCGAGCUCAUCAAACAGGUGUGUGUGUGUGUUGAGGCGUAAACUUCAAAGAAGUAAACUCUUGAGAUAAAUCUAGAUGUGGUGUUCCAUAGGGAUCGAUUCUUGGACCUCUGUUAUUUUAAGUUGAUAUGCUAUAUGCUAUAUGCUAUCUCCCAGGGGGUGAGGCAGCAGUUCUACAUCAUCUGUUCUGUCACUCUCAACAACCUGCUGCUGAGGAAGGACAUGUGCUCCUGGAGUAAAGGACUGCAGAUCAGGUACAGCCCUUUCACGCAAAAAAAAAUAUUGAUAUAUAAGCUACAGAGUACAGGCCCCAAGAAUGACACCUGGGAAAACCCUCAUUGUACACUUGUGGUUUUUCGAAAAACAAAUUUAAGAUAUUAAGAUUGACUUGUUAAAGGACUGACUAUUUGUUCUGAUAAGAUGAUUGAGCGUCGACGAAUGUAUUGUGGCUGAUUUUGAAACAGUAAUACCUGUUUGUUACAAAGUGGCUGUCUGUCUGUACUGUGGUUUUUUUGAUAACUGUAAAAAGGGCUUUUAUAAAUACAUUGGAUUGAUUGGUUUCUCUCUAGGCACAAGUGACAGCUGGAGGAGAGUUGAGCUGUCAGAUUGUGGAGCUAAAGAGAUGGGUUAGGGUUAGGAGUUUGUCCUCAAACUGGGUGGUGGUGGGGGGUGUGUUUCUCACUCUAGGUAUAACGUGUGGCAGCUGGAGGAGUGGCUGGAGGAGAAGGGGCUGUCCGACUGUGGCGCUAAAGAGAUGCUGGAGCCUCUGAUUCAGGCUGCUCAGUUGCUACAGGUCAAGAAGAAGACGGAGGAGGACGCCCAGGCUAUCUGCACCAUGUGCUCUGCCCUCACCACAGCGCAGGUAGGAGCUAUCACUAGAGGAUACAUAGCCUGGUUCCAGAUCAGUUUGCGCUGGCUUUCCAACUCCAGAUAGACUGGAGUUGGAUACACAGUAGUAGUAACUGCCAAUAUUUCUUCUUCAUUCUGAGCCAUGUGAUCUCGUCUAUUGAUCAUCUCACGAUUCUGUUCAAUUCUGUUUUCUCUUGUCAGAUUGUGAAAGUGCUAAACUUGUACACCCCAGUGAUUGAAUUUGAGGAACGGGUUUCAAUAUCAUUCAUUGCAACCAUACGGGUAAGGAGUUUGUCUGCUUGUCUCUGUGUAUACUUUGCUCGCUCUCCUUAUAUAUUGUCACCGUGUCAUUGAGUUGUUCUCUCUUUGUCACCCUCAGGCCCUGUUGAAAGGCCGUGUUGAGUCCCCGCUGCUUCUUAUGGACACCAAGAAGAUAUUGUCUGUGACGUUUCCCUUCACCCACUCUCCCCUGGCUCUGGAGACCAUUCAGAUCCCUAGCAGUCUGAAUCUAGGAUUCCUCACGCGGGUCUGACCCCCGACCCCUGACCCUUCCCCACUGGCAUUAAAAGUGCAUGCUUCCUUCCUCCCUUCCUUGAAGUCAUCUCUGAUUACACAUAGUUGGACAGGUUUGAUUACUUCAAGGAAGGGAGGAAGACAUUUGAACGGCGCCCAGGAAUUCUCCCCUUGGGCCUGAGGGCUGAGGGAACUAUAUGAUUAACCAAAGAUGCCUGACCAUUCCUGUUUUACAAUGCCUUUAAAAGUCAAGUCAGUUUUCAUCAUUUUGUCCUGACCACUUAGAAUAGAAACAAAGAACAUUGGAGACACUUUGUAAUAAUAUGAUGUAUUGGCGAGAGAUUAGAUGUUUACAAAUUAUAUUAUAAUAAAUAAUGAAUCUUUUAGCAAUAUUCAGCAAUAUUUACAAUAUACUCAGUGUUUCCCCUAUAUGUAUUUAGCAGCGGCACGCUGCCAAAACGUGGAAUAAUUUUCAGGACGGUAAAAACGUUUUCAGUGUGGAAAAAAACGUUUUCAGUAUGAACUUAAACCAUAUAUAAAGUAUGUAGAAAAGAUAAUGGUGUAAAAUAUUUUUAAAUACGAUCAUCUUUGAGAACGAACAAUCACCAAGAUAAGAACUAGACAGUCAGGGAAAUUCCAAAAAAUGUCAUGGCAUGGGGCCCACAUUGAUUUAGUUAUAAUGUUUGAGUCGUUCAGAUAGCUUAAGAACAAGGCAUAAGCCAUGGCAAAAUGUUUACAAUUGCAGGAAAUUCAUUUUUAAACUCAAAAUGUUAUCUCUGCCCCAUGACAAAAUGUGUAGAAUUGCAGGAAAUAUCUUUAAAACAGAAACAUUUCUCUGCAGCCAAGAGGAGUGUCACUAAAACACUGCUGCUGGGAAAAAAUCCUGAUACUGUUUAUUUGUUAAUGUAUGCACAGGGAAAUGGCACUGUCUUAUAUAUUAUAUGCAUUAAGGAAUAAUAAAUAGUUUGACACAACUAUACUGAACAAAAAUAUAAACGCAACAAGUUCAACGAUUUUACUGAGUUACAGUUCAUAUAAGGAAAUCAGUCAAUUGAAAUAAAUUCAUUAGGCCCUUAGCUAUGGAUUUCACAUGACUGGGAAGACAGAUAUGCAUACCUUUUAAAAUAAGGCUAUGGGCGUGGAUCAGAAAACCAGUCCGUAUCUGGUGUGACCACCAUUUGCCUCAUGCAGCACGUCACAUCUCCUUCGCAUAGAGUUGAUCAGGCUGUUGAUUGUGGCCUGUGGAAUGUUGUCCCACUCCUCUUCAAUGGCUGUGCGAAGUUGCUGGAUAUUGGCGGGAACUGGAACACGCUGUCGUAAAAGUCGAUCCAGAGCAUCCCAAACAUGCUCAAUGGGUGGCAUGUCUGGUGAGUAUGCAGGCCAUGGAAGAACUGGGACAUUUUCAGCUUCCAGGAAUUGUGUACAGAUCCUUGUGACAUGGGGCUGUGCAUUAUCAUGCUGAAACAUGAGGUGAUGGCGGCGGGUGAAUGGCACGACAAUGGGCCUCAGGAUCUCGUCACGGUAUUGCUGUGCAUUGAAAUUGCCAUCAAUAAAAUAGAAUUUUGUUCGUUGUCCCUAUGCCUGCCCAUACCAUAACUCCACCGCCACCAUGGGGUGAAAAAUGUAUGCACUCACUAACUGUAAGUCGCUCUGGAUAAGAGCGUCUGCUAAAUUACUAAAAUGUAAAUGGGACACUGUUUACAACGUUGACAUCAGCAAACCGCUCGCCCACACGACACCAUACAAGUGGUCUGUUGUGAGGCUAGUUGGAUGUACUGCCAAAUUCUCUAAAAAGACGGAGGUGGCUUAUGGUAGAGAAAUUAACAUUCAAUUCUCUGGCAACAGCUCUGGUGGACAUUCCUGCAGUCAGCAUGCCAAUUGCACGGUCUCUCAAAACUUGAGACAUCUGUGGCAUUGUGUUGUGUGGCAAAACAUUUUAGUGGCCUUUUAUUGCCCCCAGCACAAGGUGCACUUGUGUAAUAAUGAUGCUGUUUAAUCAGCUUCUUGAUAUGCCACACCUGUCAGGUGAAUGGAUUAUCUUGGCAAAGGGAAAAACGCUCACUGACAGGGAUGUAAACAAAUUUGUGCACAAAAUUCGAAUGAAACAAGCUUUUUGUGCUUAUGGAACAUUUCUGGGAUCUUUUAUUUCAGCUCAUGAAACAUGGGACCAACAUUUCACAUGUUGCGUUUAUAUUUCUGUUGGAGGGUAACGGCCUUGCACUGAGAGCUGGGGUCAGGGCAGUACUACUGCUUUUUAUUAACCAAAGUAAAUGUAUUUCCAUGAGGGUUUGUACCGUAUAUAUUUGGCAGCCAAAGUCAGUUGGUUUGGCUGAUACUGACCUAUGUAAUGUAGGGUUAAUGCUUAUUGCCUUUGUAGUGCUUGUUGCUUUCCCAUAUAUCACAGUAAAUAUGAAUAUCAUAAGCACCACUCCUAUUGUACACUGUGUGCUGGACACAGCAGCCAAAGAACCUUGUUGUUGACUCACCCUACUGUGUGCCAUUGCUUCCAUAGAGAUUAAGUGACCAUCUAGUUUCCUAAAUGUAUAAACCUGAAUAUCUCCUCAAAUGCUUUACAGUCGUUUUUAAUAUUGUUUUAUGACUGUAAGAAUGUCUCAUGAAUAAUUCCGUGAGUUCCAUGAGAUGUUUGUUUGUUUGCUUUGUUGUGACCAGGAUGUCGGUGUUUAUUUGUUAUUGUGCACCUAAAGGCUUUAGGUAAAUAAAAGAUGGUGAGGUAUUUGAAAGGGAAAAAAUGUUUGAGUGGGUUUUGAAUAGGCGAUCAUAGUGUGAACUGAGAAAUGAAUUUAUUUACAUUAAAAUAUGGCCAGCUUCCAUAUAAUGCCACGUGGAUUAAAUAUCACACAACUGCUGGGAAAAAGGUGAGCGACAUAUAUAGACUACAUUUUUGCUUCUGUAUCCCAUUGUAUUCCUUGAGUAAACGCAAGGUGCAUACCAUAGAAUCACCCUCACAACUAAAAGCCUGCUGAGGUAUGUAUCCUGUUUCUAUUGUUGUCUGACUCUGUUCAAAUGAACACACCCCUAAUGUCAAGCUGCUGUCACAAGACUGAUGGGCGGGACGAUGAAGGCAAAGUCCACUGCACAGGUAAGACGAACGCCUGGGGAAGUUGUCGACACGGUGGUUUACACGCCAGUGACGGUAUGGAUGUUGUCGGCUGA